AUGGUGGCGCAGACAGCGUCCGUGACCAUGGUGGACGGGCUCUACCCGUCCCCGCACUUUGAGGGGGCGGAGAAGAGGAUUGAGAUUGACUUCCACCUCAACAAAGAGAACCCGCGUGGGCUUCGUGAGAUCACGCGGACGCAGCUCGAUGAGUGUAUGACUGCGGCUCGGUGCGAGAUCGUCUCUGUUCGCACGAACGUCAAGUUUGACGCGUACGUUCUUUCUGAGUCCUCGCUCUUCGUGUUUCCGACAAAGUUGGUGCUCAAGACGUGCGGCACGACACACCUUCUUGCGGGCGUGCCCGCGAUCUUGAAGUACGCGAAGGAGGUUGGCAUGGAGCCGCGUCGCGUGAAAUUCACGCGUUCUUCUUUCGACAAGCCGGAUCUCCAACCGGCGUUGCACGCUUCCUUCGACGACGAGGUGGACUUCUUGGAGAAGCACUUUGGAGGCUUAUCCAUCGAGGGCGGCUCGUCUUAUAUUCUCGGGAGUAAGCUCAAAGGUGUGCAGUGGCACGUGUACGUCGCCGGCGAUGCGUGCCCGGUACAAGACGCUCGGCCGAAGGCGUCCUUGGAGGUUUGCAUGACGCAACUCAACCGCGAGCACUGCGACGAGCACUUCUAUCGCACGGAUAAAUUCGUGAGCUCGGCGCAAACCACCACGGAUAGUGGCAUCCGCUCCAUCUUCGAAGAGUUCGACAUCGACGAUUACGUGUUCGAACCGUGUGGCUACUCUAUGAACGGCUUGAACGAGCACGGCUCGAUUGAUGGUCAGUACAGCACAAUUCACAUCACUCCCGAAGAAGGCUUUUCUUACGCCUCGUGCGAGCUCUCCAACGUGGAGUGCGAGGAUUUGGACGCCUUUGCGUAUGUUCGCAAGGUUGCAAACGUCUUCAAGCCGGGAAAAAUGAUCUUCGCCAUCUCCGUAGACGGCUUGAACGCAGCCGAAGUUGCGAACGACGUGCUCGGCAAUGGCUCCUUCAUUCCGGGCUAUACACGAGUGCAAGCCACGCGCCAGGAAUUCGACGUCGAGGGCGUCGUCGCCUAUUUCACGUACGAGCACAACGAUAGACUUCGACAGUCGUUCAGUAUGCCGAACUUGGCAGGUGGCACGAGUUUCACGAGCUCGCAUCCGUUCUCUUUCGCGGAUGCCAAGAUGGCUCUUGACCGCCCGGCUACUCCCUCGUGCGUCAUGGAGUUCCCCGAGUCGUCGGCGGAAUCCUCCGACCAUACCUCAGAGGAAGAAAUCUGA